AUGUUCGAGGACAUUCAGUUGAUCUACAUGAACAUCAGGAUACUGCGUUUCUGGGCUCUUCUCUAUGACAAAAACCUAAAGCGUUAUGUGUGCAUCGGACUGGCAUCCUUCCACAUCUUCACCCAAAUUAUGUACAUGGUGAGCACCAAUGAAGGACUCAUCGGGAUAAUCCGCAACUCCUAUAUGCUCGUCCUUUGGAUCAAUACGGUGCUGCGGGCAUAUCUUCUGCUGGCGGAUCACGACAAAUAUGUGGCGUUGCUCAAGAAUCUAUCCGAUGCCUACUACAAUCUUGUGAAUUUGAACGAUUCGUAUAUAUCGGAAAUUUUGGCAAAAGUCAAUCGAGUGGGUCAGUUGAUGGCCAGGGGUAAUUUGUUCUUUGGCAUGCUCACCUCGAUGGGUUUUGGCCUCUAUCCUUUAUCCUCCAACGAAAGGGUUCUCCCCUUUGGCAGCAGAAUUCCGGGUUUGAAUGAGUACGAGACACCCUACUACGAGAUGUGGUACGUCUUUCAAAUGCUCAUCACUCCGAUGGGCUGCUGCAUGUACAUCCCCUAUACAAGUCUGAUUGUGGGCCUGAUUAUGUUCGGGAUUGUGCGGUGCAAGGCUUUGCAACACCGCCUGCGGCAAGUGGCCACACUUUAUCCCCAUGGAGACCGCGAUUCCCGGCAGCUCAAGGAGGAGAUUUUCGCCUGCAUUCGCUAUCAACAGAGCAUUAUCGAGUACAUGGACCAAAUCAACGAGUUGACCACCAUGAUGUUCCUCUUUGAACUGAUGGCCUUCUCAGCUCUUCUCUGUGCCCUGCUAUUUAUGCUGAUAAUUGUGAGCGGCACUAGUCAGCUGAUAAUUGUUUGCAUGUACAUAAACAUGAUUCUGGCCCAAAUACUUGCUUUAUACUGGUAUGCAAAUGAGCUGAGGGAGCAGAACUUGGCAGUGGCAAGUGCAGCCUACGAGACGGAGUGGUUCACCUUUGAGGUUCCUUUACGCAAAAAUAUCAUUUUCAUGAUGAUGAGGGCCCAGCGACCUGCUUCGAUACUCCUGGGCAAUAUUCGACCGAUUACGCUGGAGCUUUUCCAGAAUCUACUCAACACAACUUAUACGUUUUUCACAGUCCUCAAGCGAGUCUAUGGAUGA